AUGUUCCAACGAACUAUCUUCAGACAGGCUCAGGCCGCCCGCUCUAUCCUGUCCACCUCUCCCUCCACUGCAUCGCUGGCGCUGCGACGGACAACACAACAGCCGCGUCUGCCGGCUAUCCGCCCAUUCACUCCGCGGUCUACCCGCUUCUACUCAACAGAGACCAAGGAAAAGACCGAAUCUGAGACCGCCGAGGCCACUGAGGCCACUGAGGCCGAGGAUCCCAUCAAGAAAGAGCUUGAGCAAAAGACAAAGGAAGCCAUUGAGUUCAAGGACAAAUGGCUCCGCGCAGUAGCUGAGUCUCGCAAUAUUGCUGAGCGCAGCAAGCGCGACCAGGACGCCGCACGCAAGUUCGCUAUCCAGGGUUUCGCCAAGGACCUCCUCGACAGCAUUGACAACUUCGACCGCGCGCUGCUGGCCGUGCCCGCGGACAAGAUCGCGGCUCCCCGGACCGAAGAGAACAAGGAUCUCCAAGAACUCGUUGAUGGUCUCCAGAUGACCCAGCGUAUUCUCCUGAACACCCUCCAGAAGCACGGUCUCGAGCGCUUCGACCCCAGCGAGCCGGUCGACGGCAAGGCCCAGAAGUUCGAUGCUAACUUGCACGAGGCUACCUUCAUGGCCCCGGCUGCUGGUCUCGAGGAUGGCGAUGUCAUGCACGUCCAGACCAAGGGCUUCCGCCUUAACGGCCGCGUUCUGCGGGCUGCCAAGGUUGGUGUCGUCAAGAACGCCUCUUGA